AACCGCCCUGACGCACCCCCUAUGUUACCACAAAAAUCAAACGAAAGAGCUCGUAACAUUGAUGAUGCACAUGCCAAUCACCUAGAGUAAGCAUAGACAAGUCUACUAAGGUUGGCAGUUCUAGCAGCCAAACAUUACUCUCAGAAAAUCCAAGCACUUCAUAGUCUCGGCAGAAAGGAACGGAAAGUUGAAGUAUCAAUCUAGCAAAGUAAAGCGUUUGCUAAUGGAGGGUCUGAUGCAAGUGCCUUAUGAUGUUACGCAUAUGAAGAACUAUCAGGAUCUUCUCAAGAAGAUAUCAAAGUGGAUGAAACAGGAUAGUCUUCUUUUUGUUCAUCAUUUCUGUCAUAAAGCAUUUGCUUACCACUUUUGAGACUUGCGAAAUAAACUGAUUGUGCUGAGUAACCCUAAUUGUUAUUUCUAAUAUGGGUUUAUGCAAUAACUAGACGUCAUCCCGUUUUCAAGAAUCUAUUUUAAAUCGAAGGGAUCUUAGCUGAACUGACAAUAUCUUGUCAAAUUCUUUUAAUCUAAGACAUAAAUGAAGAUGACUGGAUAACCAGGUACUUCUUUACAGGAGGUAGAAUGCCUUCAGCUAAUCUGCUUCUCUAUUUCCAGGAUGAUGUUUCUGUUGUAAACCAUUGGCUUAUGAAUGGGAAACAUUAUGCAGAAACUAGUGAAGAGUGGCUGAAGAGGAUGGACCGAAGCUUGGCUUCCAUUAAGCCAAUAAUGGAGUCCACCUAUGGCAAGGAUCAGGCUGUGAAAUGGACAGUGUAUUGGAGAACAUUCUUUAUUGCUGUUGCGGAACUCUUUGGAUACAAUAAUGGAGAAGAAUGGAUGGUUGCAGUUUUCCUAUUCAAGAAGAAAAAAAGCCAUCAUCAAUUCUCAUUUCCACCAAUAAUCAGCUUGGGGCAUUAGGGAACUAAAAUAAGAGCAACUGUAGAAUCGUUGAAUAUUUUAUGCAACUCCUCCUCCAUUGGAAAGACGAAUGCAUUUUGUAUUUUGGACGAAAUCAAACAACUGCAUCAAGAACCAUCAAUGUAGAAAAUAAAUCACGAUAGACCCAAGGAACUCCAUACAGAAGUUGCAAUGAAGGCAGGCUAUCAGGGAUUAACAGGCUAAAAACUCAAUGGUAAGUACUUGUUUGGUUUUCCUUCUCAUAUCUCAGGCACUCUAAUGUGGCUUGGAGGGUCAUACUUGAUAGGCUUCCUAUUACAUUUUUAGUUGCAAAGCUUAGGUAUUCUAGUGAUUAACAGAAACUGCUUGUAACGUUAUGAUGAUAUGGAGCCGAGAAAUCAUUCUUGAAAA